GCAAGUUGUUAGUAUCAUAUGUAUGCACACAAUUAUUUGAUGAGCCAUCCCACCUUUGCAUCACUACAUACAUAAAUCCAAAUUUAUAAUUUUUGCCCCAACCAAAUACCUAAAAACAACUUACACUAUUAAAUAUACAGAGAUUCUGGCACAGAAGAGAUCAACAGAGAGAGAAAAAAGCCCAUAAAGACACCAAGAAAAAAACAGACAAACCAGAAAGAGCAUAAAAAGUAGUUUCAGACACAACAGAAAGUCAGAAAAACCACUGUCAAACCUGAGAUUAAAAAUCCUGUGGUUUUUCUUGAAACUCUCCAAACAUGAACAUGAUUCUGGUACUUGUGUUUCAGUUCAUGGUGUUCUUGACAGUUAAAGCCCAGGAGAAUCCAUCUGCACAAGAUACAGUGAACAAUUUUGAGCCCAGUUUGGCUGUGGUGAUUGGGAUAUUGUCUGUUAUAUUUUCUUUAACUUUCUCUCUUCUUCUGUAUGCGAAAUUCUGCCACAGGCCAGCAUCUUCAUCUGUUCACAACAGCAAUCUGAGGAUUCGAGACGGGCUUGUGAGAUCGAGGUCUAGGUUCUCGGGGAUCGAUAAAACAGUGGUGGAAUCUCUGCCGUUUUUCAGAUUCUCCUCGCUGAAGGGGUCGAGGGAAGGGCUCGAAUGCUCGGUCUGCCUGGCGAGAUUCGAAGACGUGGAGAUUCUCAGGCUGUUGCCAAAGUGCAAACAUGCUUUCCACAUUGGCUGCAUUGAUCAGUGGCUUGAUAAUCACUCAACCUGCCCUCUCUGCAGGCAUAAGAUCAGCCCUGAAGAUCUUUCGACUCUGCAGUACUCGAACAGCCUGAGGUUUCUGGGGAAUUUGAUGAAUUCCCAGUCUGAAUUGAGAGAGGAGUCCAGUAAUAAUCUUGAGCUUUAUAUUCACAGAGAAGAGAAUAAUUCCCAGGCCGGGGGGUCUUCGAGAUUUAACAUCCUCAGCAGCUUCAGGAAACCUGCAGCAGCAGAGAACCAGAAUUCUCUGCACAGUUUGAAUCAUAGGAUCAACAUAGUAUCCGAGGUUGUCCUCAAGAACAGAUGGAGCAAUGUCAGCUCCUCAGACCUAAUGUUCUUGAGCUCCGAAAUGAUCCAUGAUUUAUCCACCACCAGAUUCUCAUCCCUGGACAGAAAUUCCAAUCCCCAUUACACCUCCAUGGCUGCCAGGGUAAUUGAGGAACAAAAUCCCAACAAAUCCAUGAACAUCAAAGAAGAAAUCGAACGAAAAAGACAGUUCGAGAUCAAGAUAAAAAAGAACCAUGAUUCUUCUUCAUUUCUUCCAUCAUCUUCAGAACCAAGAAUCAUCAUCAAUCCAAAUGAAACGUCUAUAGCAUCAUCCCAGAACCAGAAGAGAUCCAUGUCAGAGAUAAUAACCCAUCCAAGAUUCAGAGACUUUAACUUCAAGAAUCAUAAGAAUGUUAAGGAGGAAAGGAGGAGAAAGGCUUGGCUUCCAAUUGCAAGAAGAACAGUUGAAUGGUUUGCCAACAGAGAAACAAGAUCCUCAGCUCAUCAAUCUCCAACAACAAGACAGUCUUUAAAUGUAUAAACAUCUCAUAUAAAUUAAAACAAUCUUACUAUAUUAUUAUACUAUAAUGUUUGCAGCCAGAUCUUGUAGUUUAGUUUAGCAGUUUAAACAUGUAGCAGAUCAGAAUGUUUCAUGUUCAAUUCUCAUUCUGUACAUUGUAUUGUUCCAAUUUUGAUUUUCCUUUUUUAGGAUUAUAUUUUUCAAUCUUCAA